AUUUUUGUUGACAACGAGUUAGAGCGCUUAUCAGCCAGCAAUACGUAAUCCCCAAGUCUCUUCCUCUCAUUUGUCGAUUUAGGUGGUUCCCAACCACUUGCUAACCUUCGACAACUGGGCACGAAACGAAUCUGAAGCAUGCUGGAAACCCAAAAGUUGCGUACGCCCCUGCAUGAAAAGUGCUAAUGGGUACCUGGAGAGCCAUUGUCCGUAUGCCGUCAAUGCUGCCUCUGAAACAGGGUGACGGCGAUAGGGUAAGGUACCUUAACGUGCGGCGAUCUGUGCUGCACAUUAGCAUCACAUGCGGGCGCACCGGGUGCAGCCUACUCACUUUGUUCGUGGAGGUUGUACACUGUUUGUAUUUCAGGUUUCGACGUCCCGGCAUCACGAGGGGAGGCCCCCCGACCGUGUCAGGCCAAAAAAGCACCUGGCAACGCAACGUGCAAGGCGUCAUGCGCUCCAGGGGGGGGGGGGGGGGGGGGGGGGCACACUAGAAAUGCCACUAGCAGCCCUAGCUGUGUUGAACGGCGAUCUUCCAUCAUGGUGCAGUCCUGGAACCAUUUACUAGUCUAGUCGAUCGAGCAGCGAGUCUAUAAGACCUUCAUCAUCGCCAUGUUCUGGUCCCCAGCCUGUUAACCCGGUUUGCUUCUCAUGCGCUCAACCAAACUCCUCCUGCCAAGGCCUCAACCACCUAUCUUCAGCCGCUUUUCAUCAUGUCGCUUCCGUCCACAUACCGCCGCUCCGAGUCAAGCAUGCUCGAGCAUCAAACUUGGUGCAAUCGAGGGUUCGAGCCUACCGAGACGUCACUCGCCAACAUGGUGAAAGCCCAAGGUCUUGUCCAAAAGUUCAAGGUUACCCAUCUGCUCUCAUAUCUUGGCCGGCUCAACCCCAUACCGAUUGGCGUGUCGAAAACCGACGCGGUCUGGCUCUUCGAUAAUGUCGCCUUUCGCAGCCCAAACGGUUUAUGGCAGGCAGAGUUCGUGACUGCUGUUUUCGACGCGCGCAUAUCAACCAAGUUUGUUGAGGCUGUAGGCGACAUCGCCGAAAAAGUGGGUCUCUCCAAGGGCGACAAGCAGGAGAAGACGAUUGAGCAGCGCAUUACUCCUUUUCUCAUGGAGGUUUUGCCUGGGAGACGGGUCGAUAUCAAGUUCGGCGAGUCUACCGAGUUGCGGCUGGGUCCUGGAGGCAGGAACGGGAUCAGCAGUGAGCUGAAGAAGCUCCCCGACUCAAGUGCCGGAAGUGUGUUAAACUCGGUGGCCGAAGUCCCAUCUGGCGCGGGAGGAUUGUUGAAAAUGACUACCUUUUAUACAGAGCCCGAGGGUUGGGCCGUUAUUUCCGAUGUUGAUGACACUAUCAAGAUCACGCAAACGAGUGAUCCUGUGGGAAUCCUACGGUCCACAUUUGUGGCAGAUCCAACACCAAUUGCAGGCAUGCCAGAGCUAUACUGGCAAAUUAAAGACAUAGUGACGCCGUCUGCACCGUGGUUCUACCUGUCAGCAUCGCCAUACAACCUCUACCCCUUCCUUCGGGAUUUCACUCACCGUUACUAUCCCCGGGGCCAGUUGAUCUUGCGAGAUGCCAGUUGGAUGACCAUUCCAGGGUUGCUCUCCAAUCUCACGCUUGGAACCCAAAGGUACAAGGUCGAUCGCAUGAAGAAGCUGUACGAGUGGCUGCCAAAGAAGAAAAUGAUCUGUAUAGGCGAUUCAACGCAAAGCGACCCCGAAGCGUAUGGCGAGAUGUAUAGGAAGCAUCCAGAGUGGAUCAAGCUGAUUCUCAUCCGGAAAGUUGCCGAUAUUGCGGCCAUCGGUACGGAAGCCAAGAAUGCUGCCAAGCGGUUCGAGGACGCGUUUAAGGGUGUUCCAAGAGAGGUGUGGCAUGUGUUUGAGGAUCCUGCCGAGUGCCGUGAGCAGGUCCAGAAAGUGGUCGGCUAAGGUAAGAAAGAAAAGAGAAAGAAAGAAAGAAAAAAAAAAAAAAAGAAAAAAAAGCUUACGGCACCCGUCCUCAUCAUGAUCUUUUCUCGGACGAGUGUCAGUUGCGUCUGAUCACGGCGGUACACAAGGUCCUGGCCGAUUCUCACACUUGGUUCAUGUGUUAUGGCCGUGUGCAAUUCAAUUCGUGUGAGACCUGCCGUGGUACCUGCCUUGAUGAUCUCGCAAGAUCUACUCUAGAGGUGGCAGGUACGCUGAGGGCUCGAGGCCAUCUCUACUGGACAUGGGAUCUGGAAGGCGGAUAUGGCCUUUCCUUUAAUGUUGAUAGCUUGCUUGGACGUUAUGACUUAUAAUGAAUGAGACGGAUACUAUCUUUUGUACAAC